AUGACGGACACCAAGCCCAAAAAGCGAUACGCCUUGGUCGGCACCGGUGGCCGCGCCGGCUUUUACUACACGGCCAUCGCAAGAACCUAUAGCGCCACAUCAGAGGUGGUAGCGUUCUGCGACACGAACCAAACCCGCAUGGACUAUGCCAACGCCCAGCUCACCCAGCUCGGCCAUGGAACCGUACCGACCUACAAAGCCCCAGGGGAGGGACGGUCAGCCUUUGACGCCAUGGUGGCCGAGACGAAGCCCGACGAGGUCAUCGUCACCACAAUCGACCGCACGCACCACACCUACAUCGUGCGAGCGCUCGAGCUGGGGUGCAACGUGGUGACGGAGAAGCCCAUGACGAUCGACGCACCGCGGUGCCGCGAGAUCUUUGACGCCGUCGAGCGGACGGGGAACGAGGUCCGGGUGACGUUCAACUACCGCUACGCGCCGCACAACACCAAGGUCGCCGAGCUGAUCCGGUCCGGCACCAUCGGCACCGUCACGAGCGUGCACUUUGAGUGGAUGCUCAACACGUCGCACGGCGCCGACUACUUUCGCCGCUGGCACCGCGACCGCCGCAACUCGGGCGGCCUGCUGGUGCACAAGUCGACGCACCACUUUGACCUCGUCAACUUUUGGCUGGGCACCCGCCCCGCCACCGUCUACGCCCAGGGGGACCUGCGGUUCUACGGUCGCGAGAAUGCCGAGGCGAGGGGCGUGUCGGAGUUCUACACCCGGGCGCACGGGUCAGACGUCGCCAGGGAGGAUCCCUUUGCGCUGCAUCUUGGGGACCACCCUUCGCUCAAGGCAAUGUACCUGGACGCGGAACACGAGGAUGCCUAUCACAGGGAUCAAUCCGUCUUCUCGGACGGCAUCAGCAUCGAGGACACCAUGAACCUGCUGGUGCGGUACCGGAACGGCGCAGUCAUGACCUAUUCGCUUACAGCGUAUGCACCGUGGGAGGGCUUCCGCGUCAGCUUCAACUGCACCGGCGGGCGGUUGGAGAUGGAGGUGGUGGAGAACAGCUACGUCAACGCCGGCGGGGAACAGGCCGAGGAGGGCUCGUUGGAGAGGCGGUCCAUCGUGCUCAGGAGACUGCUGCAGAAACCGGAGGAGAUCGAGCUGCCGGAUAGUGUUGGUGCGCAUGGCGGUGGAGAUAACGUGCUGCUGCAGGACUUGUUUGGUGAGCCCGUGUCGGACGAGUACAUGCGGGCGGCGAGCCAUGUCGAUGGGGCGUUGAGUAUCCUGACGGGAAUUGCGGCGAAUCGCUCGAUUGCGACAGGUCAGGUGGUCAAUGUAGAUGACGUUCUACGUAUUCCAUGA